CACUGCCUCUGCGCACAUACGAGCGCUGUGGCUCUGACUUUUUAUAGGGAACAGGUUGCUGGAACACACAAACGCGAGAAAUGUUAUCAGCCUUCAUUAUCUGGUUGCUGCGUUUCUUCUUUUGAGGUAGGCUACAGCAGUCUGCGAAGGAGAUGUGUCGAUAGAAACCCAUGGCAGAGAUUCUAGAAUCAUGAUUAUAUGAGGAAAAGGAGAGUCGGAUGCACGCACGACCGAAUCCACCGUCACGGAAAGACUGGAAAAAUAUAAUAUAUAGGCUGUAACUCACGAGCGAGGUGCCAGGCGGGCACCAGUGUUGCCUAGCGCCAGGCUACUUUGCGCCACAAUAAGAAAACAGGGGAUGCACGAAAACAGUGAAGACAACGGGUGCACGAUGCAGGACUGAAUCGAUAUAUUUCCCCUAGAAUAACCAGACAGACGUUGGGUCGACUUGGCUAUCAUUUCAGUGUAAAGCGCGUCGAAUAAGUAGUCAAAUUUAUUAUCGAGAAGAUGAGUGUAAGCCAAACUGGGUAUGAUGGCAUUUCUAGAGUGGAUGGUGGCACGGUAACGGGCGGCCUCAACAUCAGUGGUACCCCGAAGCUGCAACAGUGCGCUCAGCCUCCCGGUAAUCGACCCAGGGAUGCCCGGUUCCAGCAACACGGCGGGCGGCAGCACCAGCACGGUAGCACGGCUGUCAAACCGCCUAAUUCCGAACGGUCCGAACCCGCGGACGUUGUGAAGCGCGCCAUUGACUUCAAGACUCAAGGCACCCAGUGCUACAAGGAUAAGAAGUACCGGGAAGCGAUUGGCAAGUACCACCGUGCUUUAUUAGAGAUGAAGGGGUUGUGCCGGGUGCUGGGAGACCCCGAUGCCAGCUCUAAGUCUCCUUCCUCGGUGCUGCCUACUAUGAGCAAGUCAGACAGCCUGACAGACGAGCAGAAAGGUGCCAUGGAGAACGCCGAGCUGGAAUGUUACAACAGUCUGGCAGGUAUGUGAUCAUCAUUACAUGAUUUUUUCUAUUGUCUUUAUAUAAAGAAAUGAUGGUUCUAUGUAGGCCCACAUAUUAUAGACUGCAGACCUAAUGGUUUAUGAAUGCUUUACAACAUCAUCACCACCAUCAACAUCAACAUCAACAUCAACAUCAUCAUCAUCAACAUCAUCAUCAUCAUGUCCAUCAUCAUCAUGUCCAUUGUCCACCCCGCCAUGGUUAAUUGUAGGCCUAUUCUAACGUUAAACGUGGUUGAAAGAUCAUCUCUGAAUAUGCACCUGCGCUGCCUGAUAUUCUGCCAGCGUUUCCAAAUGCCUCUGCUUAGAAUUGUAUUAAGGCCUGCUGUCAAGUUUAGGCAUGAAGAUUGACAAGAUCGACGGUUACAUUUAUACCGUUUGUAGCCAGUUAGACCGAAUUCCUGUUUGGCCAAAUUGAAAUGAAUUGUCUCAAUUCUUGUUUUAAUACAGUAGUGGUGCGUGGGUAAAAUCACUGGGGAAGCCAAGCCAGGGAAAAAAAAACCACAUUGCUACCUGUGUUGUGAUAAUUGCGUUGUUUGCUCUAUAACCUGUUAGUUCAUAUGCCUUGACACCGUGACCUAAAGGCCGAGACAAUAAGAAGACACAGUGGCAGAAUAAAUUCAACCACACCUUUUUGUUUCAUCACAACAAAACCCUAGAGCAACAUCUGUCCGGUGAAGUCCGCAAAACAUACAGCAUGUCAACAAACAGUUACAUGACCUACAGCGCGGCCAAGGAAGUUAAUUCUUCCGACAUUUUCGGACUACUAAACAACUACUGACUUAGAACCCGGAGACUUACGGCAAGUCGCAAAGAAAACAGGCGCUGCCUCCACCGUUCUGACAUCAUAAUCACCGAUGCUUAGUCUAAUACAGUGACGACUAAAAUAUCUAUUUAGUCCAAUCAACAUAAGCUAAAUAUGUGGCUGUCCAUGUUACUAAUUUCUGUGUGUGUGUGCAAGUAGAAAAUACAUGUUGACUCACCCUACUUGUAGAAAAAUGCCAUCCUACUCUUAAAUGUUAUAACACUAGUUUUUGUUGUCCAAGGCUACCUGGCUAAAAUGCUUGUAUGCUAGCCUAACUUCCUUUCAUGGGCAACAAUGCGCCAGGUCAGCUAGUUAACAUUAGCCUACUACAUCUAGCUACAUGUUUAACUUCAAUCCUCUCAGGCCAGGGGGCACAAUGUAUGAAUUUAUGGUUGGAUCAGAAUCGCAGUUAUAAUCAUUGGCCAGUACGGAGAAUUAAGUAAAACAAACCACAAGUCCAAAUCCCUAUCUCCAGCCAUGGCUAAUUUAGGAAAGGGCCAAUUUUAGCUAGCUAUCUAUCUACCGGAGGACAAUAACACAACGAGAUGCAACAAUUCAAAAUGUUUCUGUAAAUAACGUUUGGCUUUUGAUGUGAUUGGUGUGAAGCCAAAUCCAAACUGGCUUCCCUUGAUAUUUUUAUUUGGUGCACCAGGACUAUUCCCAGCUGAGCUCGCUCAGUUUAGCUCAAAGCUGAUUGGCUAUUAUUUUAUACUUUUUUUUAUCAAGGGAGACCAAAUGCUCCACUGGCUUCCCUUGCAUUCAACGCUACGGGCGACAAUGGUGUCAUACUCUUUCUGACCACACAGCAUCAGAUAGAUGGGCUACACAUACAGAGACAGAGGGGGCGCUGUUUCGUUUGGAUGCUUUUCUCCGGUGAUAUACGUUCAGCCUCUUGCGAAUUGAUGGACAUUAUGAAACACAGAGAGACAAAAUACAUUAUUUUGUAUGCUUUUUUUUCCCUUGGUCAAUUUCUUUGGGGGAAGCCUGGCUUCCCUUGGCAUCCACUGUGUCUUUAUCUCCUCCCAGCGUGCCUGUUGCAGAUGGAGCUGGUCAACUAUGAGCGUGUGAAGGAGUAUUGUCUGAAGGUGCUGCGUAAGGAAGGGGACCACUUCAAGGCUCUGUACCGCUCUGGGGUGGCCUAUUAUCACCUAGGAGACUUCCACAAGGCCCUGCACUACCUCAAGGAGUCCCACAAACAGCAGCCAACAGGUGAGGAUUAGGCCAGCUAGUCUGCUACCCCCUAUGCACAUUUCAUAUAUUAUUCAAUUUGAUACAUAAUAAUAUAAUAAUAAUAAUAUGCCAUUUAGCAGACGCUUUUAUCCAAAGCGACUUACAAUCAUGCGUGCAUACAUUUUUUGUGUGUGGGGGGUCCCGGGGAUCGAACCCACUACCUUGGCGUUACAAGCGCCGUGCUCUACCAGCUGAGCUACAGAGGACCACAUCAUUUUGAAAAAAAAUAUAUGUGUUUCUUUGGAAUUCGAAAAAGCUUCUUUCUUUACAGAAGUAUAGUUGAGACGGGUACAUUCUGUUGAGGCGAUCAAUAAUUAUAAUGGAAUUGAGCAUGGAAUUCAUUUGACAGUGACCUCAAAUUUACCUGGAUGUCAGCAAAGCAAUUGGAUGGCAUUUUGGCUCCCCCCCAACCAGAUUGAUAGAUUUAAAACCUAUAACUCAACUGGCAAGAGUUGACCCCUAACAACUCAGGGGUUUUUAAUCAACAUUUAUAACUCAGUUGAUGUAAUGUAAGUAAGCAUUUCACUGUAAUGUCUGCACCUGUUGUAUUCGGUGCAUGUGACCAAUACAAUUUGAUUAGAUUAUAUUUGAUGUUUCCUUUCCUGCGGUAAAGCAUAAUUUUUCUGUCUUUUGUAUUCCAGACACCAACGUUCUCCGUUACAUUCAGCUGACUGAGAUGAAAAUCCGUCGUUCUGCCCAGAGGGAGAAGAAAGAGGCCACAUAAACAACCAACUCGCUGUCUAUUUGAUAACUAAGGCUUUGUCCUAGAUGGCACCCUA